CAUGCAUGCCGGUAAACAAUAAAUUUGAAUCGAUCUAAAUCUUGAUUUGUUAGUAUUAGUCAAAUGUUAGAGUAGUUAAUGUUUAAGGCCAAAAGUUUAGGUUCGAGUCCAUCGUGGCAAGGUCUUUAAAUUUUUUUUAUUUAAUAUUAUUAAUUUAUAUAAAAAAAAUUAAUUAUAACCUCCCACAAAGAAGAGCAUUUAAAUGCCUCGACUUUGUCACUUGAGCCGAAGUGGAUAUAUUUGUAAUUCAUCGUACAUGAAGCUGACAACACGUUGAGUCGAUCGAGUUCUCUAUAUAUAGCACAUAAUUCCGCCCACGUCUAAAGCCGCUUUCCAUUUUUAAAAGACUUUUCCUUCCCACUAAAGUCUAAGUCCAAGUCGAAGUGGCGAUGCAUCGAGACGGUUUGGGUAAAAUCGUUGCUGCGCACGUGGCAGCUGCUACGGUCGUCGGCCUCGCCUCCGCCGCAGUCAUGCAUUUCCACCGCCGCCACUCCAAACCCUCCGACGACCUCGCUCCGCUCCUCCACCGCACCGAGUCCGGCCGCCUCGGAAAAAUCGAGAGAUUUUCCCAUUAUCUCGCAAGGCAAAUGGGAUUUGAGGAUGAAAGCGACUGCCCGCAGCUAAUAAAAUUGGCGUAUGAAUAUCUCAAGAGAUCCAAAGGAGUUGAUGAUAAAAUAUAUGAAUAUUUCGCAAAACAGCCAACUGCAGAGGAUUUGUAUGUGAAUUUGGUUGAAGAAUUCGAGAGAUGCAUUCUCGGAUACUUGGCUUUUCAUUGGAGCCACGCCCCUCUCUUAAUUAGCCAGAUACUGAGCGUUGAUUCUGAGCAGAAAAGGCUGAAGGAGCUCGUGAUGGCAGCUACAAGGAAGCUAAGGUUCGACAAGAUGACGAAGGACCUGAAAGUGACGAGGGUAUUUUCUACAUUAGUGGAGGAGCUGAAAGCAAUCGGAACAAUAUCAUCAAACAAUGCAUUGAAUAAUUCCGAUGUGAUGGCUCCGGUGGCCCUGAGCCAACGGAGCCCCGUCCUCCUCCUUAUGGGCGGCGGCAUGGGCGCCGGCAAGAGCACCGUCCUUAAGGAUAUCAUGAAAGAAUCAUUCUGGUCGGGAGCCGCCACAAAUGCUGUGGUUGUGGAGGCCGAUGCUUUCAAGGAGACAGACGUCAUCUACCGCGCCUUGAGCUCAAGAGGGCAUCAUCAAGACAUGCUUCAAACAGCUGAACUCGUGCACCAAUCCUCAACGGAUGCUGCGUCGUCGCUCCUAGUGACCGCGUUGAACGAGGGGCGGGAUGUGAUCAUGGACGGCACCCUGUCGUGGGAGCCCUUCGUGGAGGAGACGAUUGCAAUGGCGAGGAACGUGCACAGGCACCGGUACAGGAUGGGGGUGGGCUACAAGGUCGAAGAGGACGGCUCCAUCACGGAGAACUAUUGGGCUCGUGUCGAGGGCGAGGGCGAGGGGGACGAGGAGACGAUGAGGAACAGGAAGCCGUAUAGGAUUGAGUUGGUGGGAGUUGUUUGUGAUCCAUAUCUUGCUGUUGUUAGAGGCAUAAGGAGGGCAAUACAAGUAGGGAGAGCAGUGAGGGUGCAAUCACAGCUGAAAUCACAUAAGAGAUUUGCUAAUGCAUUUCCAAGAUACACUCAUCUUGUUGAUAAUGCUAGGCUCUACUGCACCAACGCACCCGGAGGCCCUCCGAGGUUGAUAGCAUGGAAAGAUGGAGUGAGCAACCUGUUGGUGGAUACAGAUGAAAUAAAAUGUUUGACAUCAGUGAAAGAGUUGAACGAUGAAGCAGAGUCGAUAUACGAGCUGUACAAGAAUCCGAGCACAAUGUACGAGCCUGGCUCAGUGUGGAAUGAGAUAGUGAUGCACUCUACUAGAUCUAGUCUUCAGCUGCAGCUCAGAACUGCUGUCAAGAAAAUCGAAACUCAUGUUUCUUCGUAACAUUUUUGUGUCUGUUUGUAAGUUGCAUUGUUUUAACUGUAUAGGUGCGAGUUGCAGACCAAAUCUGUUUGAAAAUACUACCAUUUUCUACUUCUUUGGGAAAGAAAUCAAUUUUCAACAAUAAUAGGGGUUUUUUAUCUAAAA